AUGCAAGAUGGUGUUCAUCUUGUAACAAAGGUUAGAAACCGCCUAUUAUCAACAGUUGCCACGUUACGUAUAAAUGGUCAAGAUAUCAACAUUAAUCAUCUUCUUAAUUUAAUAGAGAAUUAUUCAAAAAUCGAUCAUUAUCUAGUUAAGUCUGAUGUUCGGCCUCAUGAUCGUCAGAACUAUUCUUCCUGCCUGAAGAUAACUUCUGAUGAUGUCUUGAAUUUAUUGAAUGAAACGGAAACUAAAGCUACUUUUGUUUAUUUAUAUUUAUUAAAAUUAAUAAUUCUCGCUUAUGUCAAAAAGGAUACAGAUAUUCUUGCUCGAUUAUACUACGGUUGGAUUGUUGUGUUUGCGAGUAGUCUUAGAAUCAAACAAGAUUUAUCUCAAAUAGAAAAAGAUAACUGCUUUAUAACUAAAGCUGCUUGGAUUUCUUCAGAAAUUAACAUACAUUGCUUAACAUCUAUAAUAAUUUUAGUUUCAUCAGGAAAGUUACCAUGGUAUGCAUUAAAUGUAUAUCUUUUCAGUAGUCAAUCAUGUGAAGCAGCUUUUCCCAGUGCACGAUCAUUAAGCGGCUCAUUUUCAUCAAUAACAAACUUUUCAGUCUUUGAAUUUAUGAAUAAAAUUGAAAAAAUAUCAAUUUUAAAUAAAAUUAAAUUCACAGAAGAAUCCAAUAAUGCAAUAUGUUCACUUAAAUUUCCGGUUCAUCAUAAAAAUCUACGUAAUGAAUCAUCUACAGCUGCUAACAAUCAAAAUCCGAACCCAAUAACAACAGUUGAUAUUGAAAAGAUAAUUCUGAAAGCAUACAAAAAAGCAGAGUCAAUCAUGAACGAGUUAAAGUUAACGCAAUCUUUAAAGAGAAAUGAAUUAAAUGAUUUUAAAAAUUUAAACUCAUUCGUUUUUUACGAACUCAGUGAACGAUUAAUCGUAGAUUACUCUUUCGUGAACGAUGAAGAUAUUGAAGAAAUUUCCGACGAUGAAACUUGUGAUGCGAAUGAUAAUACAAAUGAAUGUUCAGAUGCCGAUGAUGAGCUAAGCGAAAAUGUUUUGAACGAUAACAAUCAAAUUGUACAUAAUAUGAUAACUUCAAAACAAACAUUUCAAGGAAUGAAAAUUUAUGAACAAAUCGAUCAAUCAAAAAAGCAUAACUAUUUUCCAAUUUUGAUAAACAAUAAACAAAAAUUUAUUCAUAAGCAAACAGCAGCGCGUCUAUUAACUAAAACCAAAAAUUCUUUAUCGUCUAACAGGUUAUCAAGAGUCCAACAAGCCAAUAGACAAGAAUAA